AUGAAAGAGGAGAAUAGCAACCAAGUUCGUUACGAUAUCUGUAAAGCUAUAGAAGGAUAUUCUCCAAUAACUCUGAGUUCUCUUUUGGAACGUACCUUGUGUUCAACCGAACAAACAAUCGCAGUUAUCAAACCGGAUGGAUUCAAUCAUGCAACAGCUAUCAAGUCUAUUCUUACAAAGCAGUAUGACUUUGUCAUUGUCAACAGUAAAGUCAGGACAUUGGAAAAAGGAACAGUAGAACGUUGGUACCAUGACAAACUGAAUCAAUCGUAUUUUCCUUCGUUACAACGCUAUCUCACUCGUGGUCCUGUGGAAAUCCUUUUACUUGAACGUGUGGAUGCUAUUCAUGGUCUUCGUUCCUUGGUGGGUCCUACUGAUCCUGAACGGGCGCGUCAACUCUCUCCUCAUUCUAUUAGGGCUUUGUUUGGUACCAAUGUACAAGAAAAUGCCGUGCAUGCAAGUGACUCUGAUGGUGCCGUUCUCCUGGAAAAGUCUUUAUUAUUAGAUUAGUAAAUCAACAUUUUUAGGGCGAAAUAGAUUAGUUUAUAGAUUGAAAAUUUUGAUACAUUCGAACAACAAAGGGUUUUUGACACAUCCAACUUUCUGAUGUCUCUUUUUAUGGUUGAUUGAUCUGUAAAAUAGAUAGUCUUAGUAGUAGUUUACUAUACCUAUGUCUUUAUAUCUUUAUUUAAUAAAAUCUUCUUCAGAUUC